AGAGGAUUUGUUCGACAACUUCAAAUCCUCAAGUCAAUCCACAAACUCUUUGUAGACUUGCUUCAGGUAAGCAGAGGGUUCAAUCCGGGGCACACCUCCAACACAACGCACAAACCCACGAUAAUCCCAGGUGGCGGGAUGAACAGCGACCGGACAAUGACGAACAAGGUGGUACACAAGGAGGCUUCAAGAAAUGCGACAGGAGCCUCUGUGCUCCCACCAUCUGCACCAACAUAUCAAGUGCCAGCAAUCACCGUUUCGUCUGCCGAAAAAGGAAUCCUUUGGCAGGAGCCACUGGUAGGAGAUUCUCAAGAAACAGAACCAGAAAACGUGAAGAACUACCUCGGCAUCCGGAUCCUCAUCACCAUUGUUACGACCUUUGUCCUGAUCUCCAUUAUUCCCAUCAUGCUCAUCGACCUCCUGCCUUCCCCAGAAGUUGCGCUUCCUCUUUCCAAUACUUCCUCGGACUCUGACAUUGUCCACCGUUCGUUUCCGCUCGACUCUCGGUCCGGGAAUUCUAAAUGGAACUACGCCAAGCUCUGCGAACCUCGAGAGGGCAAAUGCCAAUUCGGAACUUACUCCACAAAGCACCACCCAAGUAAUAGGACGCUGUUGUGGCUUGAUGAAGGGUGCGAGAAGAGGCAUUUCAAGGCAUACUGUCCGCGGUGCCCCGAGAAAAAGACGUGGGUUCUUGACACUGCUCAGCUUCAUGGAUCCGUCUCCUCUCCGGGCACUCCCUUCUUCCCAUUCCAGCUGCUUGUAAAAUUUCCCCAUCCGGACAAUUUCACUGAUAUUCCAUCCAUCAUUUAUUACGAUGAAGAGUCUUCUCGGCAUGGUAAGAUGGUUGGCAGUUGGUACAGUCCUGAUUCGGAUCUUGAGUUCUUCUCUCUGCUCUGGUUUGACUGUUUCGCGGGACUUGAUGUAAAAUGACCACCGAGUGGACAGAAUGGAGGUAUCAUGGGUGGAAACUGGGGGUCGUGGUGCGGGUUACAUAGGUGGUGUUCAUGAUGCCAUGUUUGCAUUUGCAUUUGCACAGAAGUUGCUAGAAUUGACUUUGCGACGGCGACGGCGACUUUGGCAAUAUGGCUUUCAUGACAUCGAAAAUGCCAAAAGAUUAACACAGCGAUUUCCAUCAAUUCUUUUGACCUUUGCCUUAUGCUCUUACGGCUAUUAAAUCUCAAUAACCCUUAAGCGCG